UGUCAAUUCGCUCUGCAAAAGCGAGCAGCGUCUUUCCUCUUUCUUUCACAAUCUAGCACCUCCAAGUCCGAUCCGCUCCGACUGGUCUCUUUUUGCAUAUGAUACAGUCCCUAUCUGUGCCAACGCUCUAGGACUCCCUGUUGCAUUGCACCCAUACCGCAGAGAAUUUAGCUUCGUAACGUAACCUAUCACUCGUUGAGCUCAGCCUGGACUGAUUUCUUCUUACCAGCUUCACCCAAAAAAGCAUGGAUUGUUUAUGAAGAACUGCGUGACAUGGGUACCAACAGAAGCCAGCGAGGCGGCGGAUCUGUUCGACAUGAUGAUGCCUUGCGAGUGUAUUUACUGAGAACAUGGAACCAGCGAUGAAUGAUUGUCGAGUGUAGGCCAGGAGGAAGUGUUUUAUUUUUUUAUUUUUUUAUUUUCUUUUUGUCUUGUCUUGAUCCCUCCAUGUGCAGGUUGUUCUCCAGGCAAGCCUUAAUGCCCGGACGCGUACUACGAGUCAGAGGUGCUUUCCUCACCAGCCGCAGCCCCAGCGUGACUCUGUGAUUGGCGUGACACUGACUCGGUGCUUCUGCCAGUACCGUCAACGAGUGAUCCUUUCCCGAUUCUCUCUCAAUGUACCCACUAGAAUCGAGCAGCCUCAGGUAAUAUCCAUUGCAAUGUGUACGGCAGACAUCGUCACCACGUCUUGCAGGAAUAUUUCGAAGUAGUAUACAGUUUUCGUGUGCAGCUGCUUGUGUUUUCUAGGUUGCGACUGGUGAAUGUAGCUGCUCUCUUCUCUGGUGACCAUCUUGAGUAACCUUCAAGCAGAGGACUCCGGACUCUUGACUUUUUUUGAAGUGUUUGCGUUGAAGUCUCUCGUGGAGAAGGUUUGCUUCCUGAUGGGGUUUCGGGAAGGAUCAUUGAAAAGGUGUCAAUAUUUGUUGCGGAGUAACGGUUCGUGGCUUUAAUGAUGAAUUGAUGCUUUCUGAGUGGGUUCUCUAAUGCUCUAAAUGCUUACCAUGGUGCUCUUUAAUAGGAAUUUUGUUGAUGAUAAAUUUCUGUUGGAUUGUAUAAUCACCCCGCAUCCAGGUUGUAGUGAAGCUUGCAAGUGGGUCCAGUCGAUCUAAACUUUUGGAAGUUCAAGGGCCGCUGUAUGUGUGCAGCACAUUGGAAGAAUGGCUGAUUUUGCGCAACCGGCAAAUGCAUUGAUAACUUGAGAGGGAUAAAUGCCAUAAUAACUUCCAAAGUGCAGCACUUCGAACGAGGGCUCACAGCUAUAGUCACAACAUUCUGCUCUUCACAGAUCUGCUAAAUAUUGUAACACUCAAAGAUACGAUUUAACGGCAUUUUGCAUCCGACGCUCACACGGUAACUUCAUGGCGUAAAAAUUGAGAUCGAAUCUACUCGAAUUUUUUUAUGAACUUCUAGACGUUUUCUACAGAGGAGCUGCGCUUUGCAUUACAAUCGAGAGAGAUAGGCUCCAGCACAUAAUAGACCAACCCCUUUCAUUUUAUGUUCCCGAAUAGCUCGUCCUGCUCUCUAAGUCACACGAACCUUGUGAUAGAUUUCAAGGUUGUUCGUAAAUCUUUGGACUCCACGUGACCUGAAAAUUACAUGACUCAAUUGCCACAUAUUGUGACAAAGUUUUGAAGAUGAGAACCUUCGGCAAAGCUGGCCAGCCUUCCUGGGUGAAGCCACCAUGCCUCUGCUCAGUUGCCGUGGUCAUGGUGUUCACCAUGGGAAUGCUCAUCGCACCUCUUAUGAGACUCUCAAGAAAAGUCAUAUCUGCCGAUGAUCCAUCAACACAAUUGGUUUCAUGGGUGGAGUCUUCAAACAACCAAGUAGUGGAAGACCUACCAGUCUCGGGGGAGAUUCCUCAAGUCACGGACGAAGUCUUAGCCACAAUUUCAGACUCUAAAGAUGUGACACCGACAAUUGUAGAAGAGGAAAAAGAUGGGGAGGUGAAGCACGUUUUGCAGCUGCCUUCGCAGCAAGAGAAACAAUGCAACAUAUUUGAAGGCAAGUGGAUCGAGAACCACUCCGAACCUCUUUACCAAAACGAAACCUGUCCGUUUUUGUCGCAAGGACAAAACUGUCCUGGCAAUGGAAGGUCCGACUCUGGCUACCUUAACUGGAAAUGGAAGCCCACUGAGUGUGAGCUUACAAGGUUCGAUGGGCUCGCGUUCCUGGAGCUCAUGCGGGGGAAGACGUUGGCCUUUAUCGGAGACUCUGUGACGCGAAAUCAGUAUGAAGCCUUAAUGUGCAUGUUGUUGCAGGUCGCUUCCGCAAAACCUACUGGCAACAGAAAGUUCCAAAGAUGGGUUUUCCGAGGCUACGACUUUAAGGUGAUUCGGAUCUGGUCUUCCUGGCUUGUGCACGUCUCCACGGACUCCAUAGACUUCGCUCCUGCAAAUAUGACCAAAUUGCACCUGGACAUCCUCGACGAGAAAAUUUCAGAGUUUCUACCGAUGUUCGACGUCCUGGUGUUGGCGUCGGGCCAUUGGUGGCCGAAAACGGCAGCAUACAUCAUAGACGGUAAAGUAGUCGGUGGCCAAACCUGGUGGAAUGGAACAUACGAAAAGAAGUAUGAUGUUUUGGCGGGGUAUGGCGUUGCGAUGAAGACAGCUUUAAAAGCCAUUAUCGCUUACCCUGAUUACAAAGGUUUAACGAUUCUGCGAACCUACUCUCCGGAGCACUACGAAGGAGGGGAAUGGAACACGGGAGGCUCGUGCACAGGCAAGACGAAACCACUGGAGGAAUCAGAGCUCGCGCGAAAUUCCUACGCAGACACGCUCUACGCCCACCAAAUCGAAGCCGUAAAAGAGGCAAGGCGCAUCGGCGAGAACGCGACGCGCAUACGAGUAAUGGACAUCACAAGGGCCUUCUCCUACCGAGCAGACGGGCAUCCAGGGCCAUACCGCAACAGGAAUCCUAACAAGGUGGUGGAGCGUGGACGCAACGGGAAGCCGCCCCCACAGGAUUGCCUGCACUGGUGCAUGCCCGGCCCCAUCGAUACCUGGAACGAGUACCUCUUCGCAAUGCUGCAGCGCGAGUUUAUUCCUUAGAACUCUCCGCAGUUGCGACGAUCGAGUGUCUCGAUUUGCCAGAGGCUGCCAUGCGAAUCAGAUUUGCUUGCGCAUUCUGCAAACAUUUAUAACCUCGUCAUCGACUUCCAUCCUCUCGUGCCCCAGCAGGCGUCGACUGGGAUAAUCUCCACACCACGGAUCAGAUCGCGCUCUGUUGCGAUCGUCGCGGCGUCGAAUCUGCGGCCAGUUCUAGAAGCGGAACCGACGCAAAUCGUCGAUUCAAAUGACCGUUGUUGCAUUCGAUAACACGAGAUUGGUAAAAUUUUACAUUCCAAUUCGCAACUGUUGCGGCCCCAUCUACCGACACCGAGCGUAUGUCUAGGGUGGGCGAUGUGGGUUCAGUCUCCACAUCACUCUGUUGAUAAAAAUAAGAUCUGAUGACAUGAAACUUGAUGGCAACAAUACUUUUGAUGCAUUUAGUGAUGAGCAGAGAUUAUUCUGGAUAGGAUUUUAUUCUGUACUUGAUAUUGUGAUGCUUUUGGAUGUAUUAUUGUGGUAAUGAUAGCCCACAAAUUUCAAUGAAAUUUAAUGUUACUUUGUAACAAGAUUUGAAGUA